CCGUAAACCGUAAACCUGUUUACUUUGCUUUACGUCCACCGACUGUCGGUUGCCGGUAAAACGGGGCAGGGCCACCGUUCUUCGUCAAGCUAGCCUGAGUUUAACACGAGAAAAGGCGAUUUGUGCGUCCGGAGUGAGCCCAGUCCCGCAGCUCCUCGCACACUGCUGAUGAGUCUGCCUAGGAUGACCGUUUUCUUUUGAACGUACUGACCGGAAGUUGUGUUGUAACUCUAGGAGGUUUUCCCCUGCUUCAGGCCACAGUCAAUGCGGAUCCAUAACGCUUGGCUGAAUAUAAAGCAGAACCGUAAGCUAACGGUACAUGUAUGUGACACUUCAAACACUGAAGGAACCGUGAAAAUAAACCAACAUGGAUCCUAACCGGAUAAUCCAGGCUCUGAAAGGGACUAUCGACCCAAACCUGAGGAUAGCAGCAGAGAAUGAACUCAAUCAGUCCUACAAGAUCAUCAACUUCGCUCCAACCCUGCUUCAAAUCAUCGUGUCUGAGCAGGUGGAGUUUCCUGUUCGACAGGCAGCGGCCAUCUACUUGAAGAACAUGGUCAGUCAGUACUGGCAGGACAGGGAGCCAUCCCUGGGGGAGGUUGUCUUUCCCUUCAAUAUCCACGAGAAUGACCGCCAGCAGAUCAGAGACCACAUUGUGGAGGGCAUCAUCCGCUGUCCAGAGUCCAUACGUGCCCAGCUGACCAUGUGUCUGCGAGCCAUCAUCAAACAUGACUUCCCUGGCCGCUGGACCGCCAUAGUGGACAAGAUCGGCAUGUACCUGCAGUCUCAGAACAGUGGCAGCUGGUAUGGCAGCCUGUUGGCUCUCUACCAGUUGGUCAAAACAUAUGAGUACAGGAAAGCAGAUGAGAGGGAGCCGUUGCUGGCAGCAAUGCAGAUCUUCCUGCCGAGGAUUCAACAGCUCAUUGCCCAGUUACUGCCCGACUCCACUAUCUUCUCUGUCCUCAUCCAGAAACAAAUCCUAAAGAUCUUCCACGCUCUCGUACAGUACUCACUGCCUCUUCAGUUGAUCAACAACACAGUGAUGACUCAGUGGAUGGAAAUCCUCCGAACCAUAAUGGACCGAGAUGUCCCAGCUGAGACGUUGGAGGUUGAUGAGGAUGACCGCCCUGAGCUGGCGUGGUGGAAGUGUAAGAAGUGGGCGUUGCGCAUUAUCACCAGACUGUUUGAACGUUAUGGGAGCCCUGGCAAUGUGACAAAGGAGUACUAUGAGUUUGCAGACUUUUUCCUCAAAACAUAUGCAGUGGGCAUACAACAGGUCCUGCUGAAGGUGGUGGACCAGCACCGGCAGAAGCAGUACGUCACUCCUCGCGUCCUGCAGCAGUGCAUCAACUACCUCAACCAGGGCCUGUCACACUCACUGACCUGGAAACAGAUGAAGCCACACAUGCAGGCCAUAUGCCAGGACGUCAUCUUCCCUCUCAUGUGUUACAAAGACGAGGAUGAGAAGCUCUGGCAGGAAGACCCCUAUGAGUACAUCCGCAUGAAGUUCAACCUGUAUGAUGACCAUGCCCUACCAGCCACUGCUGCCCAGAGCCUCCUGUGUAAAGCUGCCCGCAAGAGGAAAGAGGUUCUUCCUCAGAUGAUGGAGUUCUGUCACCAGAUACUGAUGGACCCCUCUGCUGACCCCCGUAGGAAGGAUGGGGCCCUGCACUGUAUCGGAGCUUUGUCUGAGCUCCUGCUGAAGAAACGGAUGUACAGAGACCAGAUGGAGCUAAUGCUGCAAAAUUACGUCUUCCCCCUGCUCAACUCUCCUAUGGGUUACUUGCGAGCCAGGUCCUGUUGGGUGGUCCAUUCAGUUAAUUCGUGCUGGGUGCUCCACUGUUUCAGCCCACUGCGUUUCCAUGAUGAGCUGGUGCUGAGGAACGCUGUUGAGUUGGUCAAACAGGACUUAAUCGAGGACAAAGAGAUGCCUGUCAAGGUAGAAGCCGCCAUCGCUCUGCAGACACUGGUCAGCAACCAGGAACAAGCCAAGCUGUACAUCAGGCCCUACAUCCGUCCGAUCAUGCAGGAGCUGCUGCAUGUGGUGAAAGAGACGGAGAACGAUGACCUGACAAACGUCAUUCAAAAGAUGAUCUGCGAGUACAACCAGGAGGUGGCCGCCAUUGCUGUGGACAUGACCCAGAACCUGGCAGAGAUCUUCACCAGGGUCCUUCAGAGUGAGGAGUACGAAGAGAACGAAGACAAGACUGUUAUGGCCUUGGGCAUCCUCAGUACCAUCGACACCAUCCUCACUGUCAUGGAAGACCACAAAGAGAUCACUCAGCAGCUGGAGGAGAUCUGUUUACAGGUGAUUGGCCUGGUCUUGCAGAAGCCCAUCAUAGGUAUGGCAGAGUUCUAUGAGGAGAUCCUAUCGCUGGCAUUCGGCCUCACCUGUCAGACCAUCUCCCCCCAGAUGUGGCAGCUUCUGGGCGUCCUCUACGAGGUCUUCCAGCACGACUGCUUCGAUUACUUCACAGAUAUGAUGCCUCUCUUGCACAACUAUGUUACCGUGGAUACAGACAUGCUCCUGUCCAACCCUAAGCAUUUAGAGGUCAUCUACAGCAUGUGCAAAAAGGUGCUGACUAUAGAUGCAGGUGAGGACGCAGAGUGUCACGCUGCCAAACUGUUGGAGGUCAUCAUCCUGCAGUGCAGAGGCCGAGGCAUUGACCAGUGUAUCCCUCUGUUUGUGGAGGCAGUUCUUGAGCGGUUGAUGCGGGGGGUGAAGUCCAGCGAGCUAAGGACCAUGUGCCUGCAGGUGGCCAUCGCUGCUCUGUACUACAACCCAGCCCUGCUCAUCCACACUCUGGACAACAUGCACUUUCAACACAACCCACAGCCCAUCACUGCCCAUUUCAUCAACCAGUGGAUGAACGACACUGAGUUCUUUCUCGGGCUCCAUGACCGUAAGAUGUGUAUCAUCGGCCUUAGUGUGCUCAUAGAGCUGCCAAGCCGGCCGGCGGUGCUGGAGGGCGUUGCCACCCAGAUUGUUCCUUCCAUACUGCUUCUGUUCCUUGGCCUCAAACACCUCUAUGCCUCCCGCCUUGUCAACAAACCAGACCUGCUGGCUCGUGCGGGGGCACAGGAUGAAGACCAGAAUGAGGAGAUUCCCAGUGAUGAAGAUGAGGUGAACGAGAACCAUAAUGCCAUGCAGCAGCAGUCCAGCAUGCAGCCGGGCCAGGGUGGCGAGGAUGAUGAUGAAGACGAAGAUGAUUACUGGGAUGACGACGGCUUUGAGGGAACGCCUUUGGAAGAGUACAGCACGCCUCUGGACUACGAUAAUGGAGAGGACGAGUAUCGCUUCUUCACCUCCGCCCUCCUCCGGGUCCAGAACACUGAUACAGCCUGGUACCAGUGUUUGACAGCUCCGCUCAGCGAUGACCAGAAGAAACAGCUGCAGGAGAUCUACAGCAUCUCACAGCAGCGGAGGAGCACGGCUGCCAAGGGACAGUGAGCACUGAGACGGACAGACGGACUGCAGAGUCAGAAGAGGGGGAUGAGGAAGAGUGAAGCUGGUCUGACCUGACCUGGAAUGGAUUUCAGUCUCUACUGAAUUAUCUCAGCCCAGAUCAGACCACAUCAGAUUUAAUGGAUCCCACCAAAACCAGGUCCUAGGGCCCAUGCCAUUAGAACUGGAUUGAGUAGCAGUGGCUGGGGUUGGCAUGAUAUCAAUUUGUGACCUGAUGCACUGUAAAGAGCCCCUACUGGAAAAUUCUUCCUAUUACUAGGACAGAACUGCACUCUGUCUAUGUAUGUAUGUGUGUGUGCGUGUGCGUGUGCGUGUGCGUGCGUGUGUGUGUGUGUACUCCAGAGAAUGGUCUGCAUUACAAAUUUAAAUGUCCUUGACCAGCAAAAUUCGUUUUAGGUUCCUGUACAGUGGAGUUCUUUGAUCUGUGAUGACAUAACUCUGUGUGUGUGUGUGUGUGUGUGUGAGAGAGAGAGAGACAGAGAGAGAGAGAGAGAAACUGUAAGAAAUAAAAACACAUCAGAGUGUGUGUGUGUGUGUGUGUGUGUUUGUAUGUACUGUAAGCACUCGUCUGUCUCUCUAUAGUUAAACACUUUGUAUCAUCUCAUGAAGCGACGACCUAUGAGGAGCAAGAAAAGCCCGAUUUCUGUCAGGGUGCCUUGUAUACAGACUGUGGAUGGAUGGAGGAGGAUCAGGUCAAAGGUCAAAAAGUUAUGGCCUCUGGCUAUGACAUCACACAUAUGAAAUGAGGAAGCAGGUUUUUUGUGUGUCUUUCUGUUUGUCCCUGGAUUUUGUUUUUGUAACAGUUUUCAAAACUAAUUUAAGAAAAUCAUAAAAGUUCAUGUAACAUUU